AGCGCGGUGGCAGGAUCCGGCAGUUCCUCAGGACGAGCUGCACCUGGUGAUGCAGGCAGAACAGCGGCGUCUUCCGCUGAAAGUGCGGCAUCGGAGCUUACAUCAGCAUCCUCCAGCAGUACGAAGAGUGGCGCUGGUGUGAAACAAGUAGGAAGCUCAGGCUACUCUUGGGUCACCUCACUGUUCGGGACUGCUGAGAGGGAAGAGACAAUUGAAGUGGUGUGGUCUGGCGAGAUUUUGGAGAUGUCCGAUGGCGUGGACGUCUUUCUGCAAAAAUUGAAGAUCAACAAGCUGCCCCCACAGGUGCAGAUUCGAAGUGCGGUGCUUUGGAAGGUGAAGCAGGAAGGCCAGCGGCCGCCGGGAUCCAGAGAAGCCCACCCAGGAGACCGGCUUGCCCCACCAUUAAGGCUCAACUUUCAUCGGUCAUUGAGGUUGGUCACUGAGAUCGAAGAGGCGACCCCUUGAGAGAACAGGAAGGGGAGAGGCACAGGGCCCUUUUCUUUCAGAAUCAGUGGCCAACGGGUGUCGGCCUUUAACACCAGCAUACUUUUCGGAGUUGAAGACCGCCGUGGAUGCGCUCUAUACGUCUCGACACGCACCGCCGAUGGGGAAUGCUCGGAAGCGGCGAAGCAGACGGCU